UCGAAAUCUCGCAUUGGCUGCAGCCUGUCAUCCUGCUACUGCAAGCCACUCUUAGCGGGUGACGCAGCCUGCUGCCAAAAACCUAACGCUAGCAAAAACUCAAAGCUUUUGCGGCCCAAGAAAAACGUCCAAGUUUCCCCCGCCGCUCUCGUCUUGCAUUGCUCUGGGUUUACAGGACAUAUUACAUAUUUGGCCAUUGCUGGAUUUUCUAUACAUAUUUUUAUUGCUCCCAGCCGUGCAUAUCAGCCACCAGGCCCGACGACGCUGCACCACUCUCGAAAACUCUGUACCCCCAGCGCCGCAUCCCGUAGCAUGGCCGGAAACUAAAUUCGACGUCUGCUUGAUUACGACUUGACUAUACACGUGUGAUUGAGAAUGAAGGGCUGCGGGAUCACAGCUUCGGCAAGUCUGCUGCUGGCUCUCUUGCAGCUAGCCACCGCCUUGCCCAUCGACGAUCAGAAGCUGCUUUCUAGUCCGCCGGAAGCGCAACAGAGACGACUCAAGGGCCGCUUCCUUCACAUUACAGAUUUCCACCCCGACGAAUACUACAAACCGCAUACCACGCCCGAGACAGCCUGCCAUCGCGGCAAGGGAGAUGCUGGUGUUUAUGGCGCCGAAACAACAGAAUGCGACUCGCCAUGGACCUUGGCUGAUGCGACUUUGGAGUGGGUGGCACAGAAUGUUAGAGAUACGAUAGACUUUGUUAUUUGGACCGGCGAUAGCGCGCGCCAUGAUGGUGACGAGCAACAUCCGCGUAACACGGAACAGGUCCUUGGUGCCAACCGUCGCCUAUCGGACAAGUUUGUCGAUACCUUUUCCGACAGCAAUGGUAGAUUGACGGUGCCUAUUAUCCCGACAUUUGGAAACAACGACUUCCUGCCUCACAAUAUUAUGAACCCCGGUCCCAAUAAGUGGCUUACAGCAUAUACCGACAUUUGGCGACGAUUUAUCCCCGAGGAGCAGCGCCAUUCUUUCGAAUUUGGCGGAUGGUUCUACACCGAAGUUAUUCCCAACAAGUUGGCCGUCUUUAGCUUAAACACCAUGUUCUUCUUUGAUCGCAACGCGGCCGUCGAUGGUUGCGCAUCUCCUACCGAACCUGGCUACAAGCACAUGGAGUGGCUGCGCGUUCAGCUGCAGCUACUUCGUGAGCGCGGCAUGAAGACCAUUCUGAUGGGCCAUGUGCCACCUGCAAAAACAGACAACAAGCAAAACUGGGACGAGAGCUGCUGGCAAGUCUACACGCUGUGGCUGAAGCAAUUCCGUGACGUCGUGGUUGGCUCUCUCUACGGCCAUAUGAACAUUGACCACUUCUUGCUGUCCGACAGCAAGGAGGUUGAUAUCGAAUCUGCAGUGGAGGCGCUCGAGAAGAAAAAGGAUAAAAAGGUUUCCGCGUCUGGCAAGAAGGACUAUCUGUAUGACUUGAGAAGUCUGUGGGCUGAUCUGCCCCGCGCUGCCGGCCGCAUUGCCGAUCUAUACGACGGCAAGGCUGAUAUGGAGGAUGCCUUUGAGGAUGAUCUAGACGAGGACGAAAAUUCCGAUUCUUUCGACGACUUGGAGGAAGCCUAUGACGACGAGGACGAACGCGAGAACAACGACAUCAGCGCGUCCAAGAAGCAAAAGAAGCAAAAGAAGUUUAGAAAGAUUGGCGGCAAGUUCGCUGAGCGAUACCAGCUGUCACUCAUCAGUCCUAGUGUUGUGCCCAACUACAUGCCCACGCUGCGCAUUUUCGAAUACAACAUCACCGGUCUGGAGAACGCCCCAGUGUGGAAGGACGAUUCCAGCUUCACGGCAGAGUCCAACGAAACCAUCACAGCCGACGACCUCAACAUGGAACUCAAGCGCAGCGAAGAUCUAUCGGCGCAACGCGGCGGCGGCAAAAAAGGCAAGGGAAAGAAGGGCAAGAAGGGCAAAGGCAAGAAGCCUCACGACCCGAACCUAGUGAUUCCCGAGAAGCCCAGAAAAGGAGACCUGCCUGGCCCUGCGUACGCCCCGCAACCGCUCACAUUUACCUCGUUCCAGCAAUACUUUGUGAACCUGACGCACGUGAACAACGAGCCGACCAAGGACAAGGACAAGGACGGCGUCAAGACGCGCAAGUUCAAAUUUGAGCUAGAGUACGACACACGGGACGACAAGCACUACGGGCUUGCGGACCUGACUGUGCGUAGCUGGGUUGAGCUCGCAUACCGCAUGGGCAAGGGCUCUGCUGGAUCAAAGAUGGAGGGUGUCGAUGCGGCUGGUAAAGGCGGCGGGGGCAAGAAGGGCAAGAAGGCGACGACUAAUAAGACGUGGAUGGCGUUUGUGGACAGGGCGUUUGUAGGAACGCUGAGCAACAAUGAGCUCAAGGACUGAGAGUAGACGGGCUUGUGUUUUCUUUUAUCUCUUCACUUCUAGCGGCAUGGAACCUGGCGUCUUGGAUACACAUAGGCUACAACUCUUCUAUAUACUCUUUAUAUGACGAAAGCAUGAAAUUAACAACAUUACCAUUUUGCAUCAAGUACAUUCACAAAAUUAUGUUCUGUUCGGGAGAAGUGGGCUCAUAUCCAAGGAUUCUAUUCCUAUUAUUGACUACGAAAGGUCUAUCGUGUAUAGCAUCCACAUUAAAUCCCGGCGAGCAAGAUCAACCUGCUGGCCAUGCACAGCCCGUAGCCAUAGCCCAAUGUGUCGUCGCUGUAGCACGUACAGCAAAUGUGUGUAUUAACGUCCCCCACGAAACAAAGUCAUCAUUUUGCUCUCCCAAACAAAGAAAAACAAAACUAAUUCCCAUAAUAAAACGCCAUAUAUGAUGUGCCGAAAAGAACCAAAAAGAGAUUGCAGCACCCAGCCCGGGUACCGCACCAAACGUGAUAUAUGUACACGGCGCAGCGAGACAGAGGUUGCUCAGCGCACGUUUUUGUCGAAAUGUAUACGAUGCAAAGAAACAGUUCAGAGGGUAUAUCUCUCUAUGAUUCCGUCGCCGAAAGAGUGACGCUCGGAACAGCCAUGCGGCCCUGGCCAGACAGUCUCUUGGUCAGAGCCGGGCGGUUUGCCAGCUUAGCGUACCACGGCUUCGAAGCAUCUGAGGCGGUGCCCUGGACAAUGACCUUUGCGGAGCGUGGCGUUUUAUCAGCGUCGUCUGCAAGCACCGUCGAAGAAGAAGUAGGAGCAGGUAGUGUCGAGUACUUGUCGCCCGGGACGACGAGGUACGAGUCGGGCCCCCACGAGAUGGCGUCGUCGGCGCCCAUUUCCUCGCGGAAGACCGAGGUGCGGCCCUUGCGAAUGUUGGAGACGCGCGAGGCGGGCAUGCGCAGGCCAGCGCCCUCGCGCAGACGGUCUGAUGUGACGAGGGAGUUGAACUUGGGGCGGACGGGCGGUGCGAGCGUGGCGGCAGACAUGCUGAUGUCGUGUGACGAUUAUGUAGAGGAGGGGCUGGCAAAAAAGCAGGUCGAAUGUACAAUGCGAGAAAGAGAGGUGGGUUCGAGAGUAGAUUAAGAGGGCAAAAGACCGGCUUUCUGUAUAUUUGUGGCGUUUGGAGGAGAAUGGAAGAAAAAGAGAGUCCUCUUGUUGCGUCGUGGUGGUGGUGGU